AAACAUUCUACAUGCAGCUCCAGUAUUUUUUGUCAAUGUAUUUAAUUAGUUAUAUACAUUUGUAUAGGUGCAAAUUUGUAUCAGUUCCGACGAUAAAGAUUUAAAAGAUAACACGGAGUCAAUUAUGAAACUGAGUGAGUAAUGUUUGUCCUGGUAAACACACAUUGACAUAAAAAUGUCAACAAUUACAGAAGAAGAGGAAAACUAUGUGAGGAUGAGUUUGUUGUUGUACGGGAUCGCUCCACGUGCAGCAAGAGCAUAUUUCGACAGUGAAUUUGCCCCAUCAUGCUUGUAUAAAUCUAUUAAAAGGGAGUUUUCAAAAUUGAAUCAGCUGAAAAAGGACAAGAAAAUCAACACUUCCCAAUGGAACCUGUUGUUUCCACGAAAAGGUGUUCCGGAUUCUAAAACCUUUGAUGUCACGCUUAUAAUUACACUGUUUAGAAAUUUAAUAGACUUAAAUCCUCCAGACAAUGGAUUCGACAACUUGCCAUCAGUAACUGAUGCAACACCAUCUGCAGCCUUAGCGACCAUAAAAUAUUACAGAAACUACAUUGCACAUAUCCAGGAGGCGAAAAUGAAUAGUUUUUAUUUCACCAAGGCUUGGGAUGAUAUUACUAGGGCUGUAGGAACACUAGGUGGGACAAAUAUGUUUGGUGAAUGUAAAGAGUUAAGGACAAGAGUUUUGGAGCAGUCAACAGUACCCUGGAACAUAAGAGAACAAAUCCGUCAGAUUUUGGAAGCAUGGAACAUGAAUAAAUCAAACUUUGUGGAAACCAGAGCUGCCAAAUAUGUGUUGAAAUGUAUACAGGAAAACAGUUGUGUAACAAUUACUGCUAGUUCCGGUGUUGGAAAAACAGCAACCCUACAAUAUGUGGCAUUGAAAAUGAAAGAUAAAGAGUAUGAUGUGCUUUUGGUAACCGAUGCACAUGAUAUUGUAAAGUUUUAUAAUCCAAACAGAAAAACAUUGUUUGUUAUAGAUGACUUUUGUGGAAUCUAUUCCAUAAACCAGUUUGAACUUAACAGUCUGGAGUCAGUCAUGGAUCGUAUUAAAGUACUGAUAGAAAAUAAACUCACAAAAAUCAUUGUGGCAUGUCGAUUACAAGUGUAUCAGGAUGACAAGUUUGAAUCAUUGUCAGUUUUUAGAACAUGUGUUUGCAACAUGCUUUCAGAAGAUUUGUGUUUAUCCAAAACAGAGAAACAAUCAAUAGCAGAAUUAUAUCUGGACACAAAGUCUACGGAGAUUAUACAGUAUUGUGAUUUAUAUGAAUGCUUUCCACUUCUCUGUAAAUUGUAUAGUGAUAGUCAUGAACUCAAUAUAACAGAAUUUUUCAUGAAUCCAUUUUCAGUAUAUGAUGCAGAAAUUGACAAGCUUAAUAAAAAAGGAAAUUAUGGAAAAUAUUGUGCUCUGGCUUUGUGUGUCAUGUUCAACAAUAGACUGAAGGAACAAUGGUUAACAGAUGAUAUAAAUAAAAGAAUAAGAACAAUUAUAGAGAACACAUGUGAGGCAUGUAGACUUGACAGAGAAACAUCACGACUUGUUCUACUAGAUGAACUUAAGACACUUGAAUAUACCUUUAUUAGGACAGAGCAAGGGGUAUACAAAUUUAUACACGACAAAAUAUUUGAUUUCUUAGCUUUCUAUUUUGGUAAAAAAAUGAUACAAUGUAUGAUCAAGAAUGGACACAGUCUGUUUAUUUCGAAGAGAUUUGCAUUAGAAAGAAGAGUUGAAAUGGAUCAGUUUAUCACUAUUGUACCACCCAAAUACCAUCAGAUGUACAUAAAGAAAAUGAUUGGUGACUGGUCUUUCGGUAGCGUACAGCAUGUGUUUAAUAACAUCAGUAUGACGAUCCCUGAGUUCAGAAAGCGAUUCCUUGAUCAUUUGAAUACACUUGAUAUUUCAUUCCAGACAAAAUUAGCACUGACCUGUGAUGUUGCUUCCAAAGGUACUGUACUGUUGCAGUGUUGUCAGUAUGAUGAUAUUCCCUUGAUACAGUGGUGUAUUUAUCUUGGUGCUGAUAUCAACCAGUGUAGAAAUGAUAAUGCGACUCCAUUGCAUAUAUCAUCACAUUGUGGUCAUGCAGAAGUAGUAAUGCUACUACUUGACAACAAGGCAGAUAUUAAUAAGUGUACAGAUAGGGGGAGUUCUCCUUUGUAUAUUGCUUGUCAGCAAAAUCAUAUAAAGACAAUAAAGCUAUUACUGGAUAACAAUGCAGAUAUAAAUAAGUGUACAGAUACAGGAACAUCUCCUUUGUUCAUCGCUUGUCAGAAAAAUCAUAUAAAGACUGUAAAGAUAUUACUGGACACUAAUGCAGAUAUUAAUAAGUGUAGAGAUGGUGGAGCAUCUCCUUUAUUUACUGCUUGUCAGAAUAAUCAUAUAGAGACAGUAAAGAUAUUACUGGACAACAAGGCAGAUAUAAAUAAGUGUACCGAUAAGGGAACAUCUUCUUUGUUUAUUGCUUGUGACAAUAAUCACAUAGAGAUAAUAAAGAUUUUACUUGAUAACAAGGCAGACAUUAAUCAGAGUACAGAUAAUGGAAUAUCUCCUUUCUUCAUUGCUUGUCAGAAUAAUCAUAUAGAGAUAGUGAAGGUGUUACUGGACAAAAAGGCAGACAUUAAUAAGUGUGCAAAUGAUGGAGUAUCUCCUUUGUUCAUUGCUUGUCAGAAUAAUCACAUAGAGAUAGUCAAAGUGUUACUGGACAACAAGGCAGAUAUUGUUAAGUGUCCAGAUGAUGGAAUAUCCCAUUUGUAUAAUGCUUGUCAAAAUAAUCAAAUAGAGAUAGUAAGGCUUUUACUAGACAACAAGGUAGAAAUCAAUAAGUGUACAGAUAAUGGAUCGUCUCCUGUGUUUAUUGCUUGUCAGAAAAAUCAUAUAGAAAUAGUAAAGGUGUUACUGAACAACAAUGCAGAUAUUAAUAAGUGUAGAGAUGAUGGAGCAUCUCCAUUGUUUAUUUCUAUUCAGAAAAAUCACAUAGAGAUAAUUAAAGCAUUACUGGACAAAAAUGCAGACAUCAGUAAGUGCUUGGAUAAUGGACAAUCUCCUUUGAAUGUUGCUUGUCGAAAUAAUCAUGUAGAGAUAGUAAAGGUGCUACUAGACAACAAAGCAGACAUUAAUAAAUGUAGCGAUUCAGGAGUAUCUCCUUUGACUGUUGCAUGUUCCACGAAUGAUAUCGAGAUAGUAAAGGUGUUAUUAGACAACAAAGCAGACAUUAAUAAGUGUACGGAUAAUGGAGCGUCUCCUUUGUUUUACGCUUGUCAUAAGAAUCAUAUAGAGACAGUAAAGUUAUUACUAGACAACCAGGUAGACAUUGAUAAGUGUACAGAUAUUGGAACAUCUCCUUUGUAUAUUGCUUGUCAGAAUAAAUAUAUAGAGACAGUAAAACUAUUAUUGGAUAACAAGGCAGACAUCAAUAAGUGUAUGGAUGGUCGAGUAUCUCCUUUGUUUAUUGCUUGUCAGAAUAAUCAUAAAGAGACAGUAAAACUAUUACUGAAUAACAAGGCAGACAUAAAUAAAUGUACAGAUGAUAGAGCAUCUCCUUUAUAUAUUGCUUGUAGGAAUAAUCAUAAAGAGAUUGUAAAUGCAUUACUGGACAACAAGGCAGACUUUAAUAAGUGUGUAAAUAAUGGAGCAUCUCCUUUUUAUGUUGCUUGUAACAAGAAUCAUAUAGAGAUAGCGAAAGUACUAUUGGACAACAAGGCAGACAUUAACAAGUGUAGAGAUAAUGGAGCAUCCCCUUUGUAUACCGCUUGUCAGAAUAAUCAUAUUGAUAUGGUUAAGGUAUUACUGGAAAAUAAGGCAAACAUUGAUAAGUGUAUGGAUGACGGAUCAUCUCCUUUGUAUAUUGCUUGUCAGUAUAAUCAUAUAGAUAUUGUAAGAAUGCUGUUGGAGAAGGGAUCAGAUUAUAAUAAAUGUCACAAUAUUGGUAUCUCACCGAAACAAAUUGCCAGUGAAAAUGGAAACGAUGGCAUACUUGCUGUCAUUAAUGAACAUUCCGGAGUGGAGGUUAUAUAUGAAAGAAAAUAAAGGAUAAGGUAAAAGUCAGCAUAGUUCAUUUAGAUUCAAUUGUAGAGUUGCCUAUAAGAAUGUUAAAAAAGUAGCUUUAAAUUAAACAUUUAAUGGUUAAUACAGUGUAAAGUUUCAGUGUUUGUUCUUCUCUGUUUUCCAAAACACUUACUACAUGGAGUAGUCAAAAACUUUCAUAUUGUAUGAAAACCAGUUACAAUUUUCAACCGAAAGACAAUUGUUUAUCUAUCAGGGUCAUAUAUUUUUUUAUGUCAGUGUAAUAGCUAUGCUAAUAAAAUUGUGUCAUAUUGAUUCAUAAUUACUGUCAAUAUUAACAAUAGAUGCAAAUAAAGUCAAAUGAAUAUGAUCAUUGUGUUAAAUAAAUGAAAAAAGGAACUGUCAAUAUUGUCAACUGUAAAGCCAAUGAAAUAUUUGUUUACGAUGAAGUUAUAAAAAAGUAUUGAUGUAUAUUGCUUGUCAGAAUAAUUAUAUAGAGAUAGUACGAUUACUGUUAGAGAAGGGAUCAGAAAAAGAUGGUAUGUCACCGAUAGAGAUUGCCAGACAAAAGGGACAUAUUGACAUAGUUACUAUGAUUGACGAAUAUUCCGUGAAAGAAGAGCCUCCAAAUAAAAAAAAACAAAUUAAGUCACUGCCAAUGACAUUCUCGUUUGUAGCUAUAAACAGAUUGUGAGGGGUUACAGUACUUCAACGAAACAAAUACUAAUUGUAAAAUCGAUGUAUCAUGUUGUUCAUACAUAAUCAAUACCUUAAGGAUGUAUUCUUCUGAUGUUUUAGUCUCGUUGAAAUCUAGUUCGAGAAUUAUUUCCGAAACAUGUGAUACAAGUGGAAAAUAUCAAUGAAUUUGAAAAAUAUCAUAAUCAAAGAAACUCUGUGACAAAAAUGUGUACUAACAGCAAAUUGUAUUUGAGUAAUAAAAUUUCCACAUUUUGUAA